UAUCAAAGAGCAGUAGCCUUCUCACCUGUAGAUUAGGCUGAAUGCGACUUUAACAGUCAAGAUACUUCGCAGUUUCGGUAUGGAACGCUGAUCAAAUAAAUUAUCGUAGAAGAAGCUUCCAGAGGCACGCAAUGGGUCAGCGGCUGAGCGAGGACUCGAACGCGGACAAGGAGAUCGAUGUGGCCGAGCUGCAAGAGUGGUACAAGAAGUUUGUAGUGGAGUGUCCCAGCGGCACGUUGUUCAUGCAUGAGUUCAAGGGUUUCUUCGGUGUCUCGGACAAUCAGGAAGCGGCCAGUUAUAUUGAAAACAUGUUCCGUGCGUUUGAUAAGAACGGGGACAACACCAUUGAUUUUUUGGAGUACGUGGCGGCACUGAACCUGGUCCUGAGAGGCAAGCUGGAGCACAAGCUCAAGUGGACCUUCAAAAUGUACGACAAGGACGGGAGCGGCUGCAUCGACAAGACGGAGCUGCUUGAGAUCGUGGAGUCCAUCUACCGGCUGAAAAAAGCAUGUCAUGGAGAGCUUGACGAGGAGUGCAACCUGCUCACACCGGAGCAGGUGGUGGACAGGAUAUUCGAACUUGUGGAUGAGAAUGGAGAUGGUGAACUGUCUUUGGAUGAGUUCAUUGAUGGUGCACGGCGGGACAAGUGGGUGAUGAAGAUGCUGCAGAUGGAUGUGAACCCUGGGGACUGGAUCAGUGAGCACCAGCGUCGGAGUUCCAACUUCUGA